GGCCGUCGUCUCAGCAGUUUGCCUUUCCGCCCAAAUUGGGGAAUGCUGGACCCUGAGCACCUCAGAAUCACGUGCCUUAAAUGAGAUCAUAUUCCUCGGUGUCCUUUGAGUCCCUCCUGCGACAGAAAGGCCCCAAAGCUUUGGCACACAUGAACCUUUCACACCCCACUGCAAUGCAGCCUCGGAGGCAGGGCAGACCCCUGUGAACCCAGGUUGCAGAAUUCCCUCCCAGCUCCCCUUCCCCGCCCCCGGCCAGCUCCACCACCUGCCACAGGAGUCGCCGCCACGUCUGGACGCAAAGCGAAGGCUGCAUUGACAAAUUUCGCGGCAGUAGCGAUAGAAGUAAAUGCUAACGUCUCCCCUAUCAGUACUGUACCGUUUCUCAAACGGUACUCUGAAAACAGUGAGCACGGUACUUGCGACUUAAUAUAAAGACUUCAUCUUCCCUUGGGAGAGGGGAGGGAGCACUGGCAGUUGCUGGGUAAUUUGAAGACCACUGUGGAGGGUUUGGUGUCAGCCAACAGCCCCAACGUCUGGUCCAAGUAUGGUGGCCUGGAACGGCUUUGCAGGGACAUGCAGAGCAUCCUCUAUCAUGGGCUCAUCCAUGACAAGCAGGUGUGCUGCCGCCAAACUGAUUACUGGCAAUUUGUGAAAGAUAUCCGCUGGCUGAGUCCCCACUCAGCCCUUCACGUGGAGAAGUUCAUCAACUUGCACGAGAAUGGCCAGAGCAGCACUGACGGCGUGAAUGAGCGUGUCAUUGCAGAGCUGUGGCUGCAGCACAGCCUGCAGUGCCACUGCCUCUCCGCUCAGCUCCGACCUCUGCUUGGGGAUAGACAGUAUAUCAGGAAGUUCUACACAGAUACUGCUUUCCUGCUAAGCGAUGCCCACGUCACAGCCAUGCUGCAGUGCCUAGAAGCAGUGGAACAGAACAACCCCCGCCUGCUCGCCCAGAUUGAUGCGUCCAUGUUUGCCAGAAAGCAUGAGAGCCCACUGCUGGUGACAAAGAGCCAGAGCCUGACAGCUCUGCCUGGUUCCACAUGUACUCCUCCAACCAGCUCCGCUCAACAUUCCUAUUUUGGGUCCUUCUCUAGCCUCCACCAAUCUGUACCCAAUCACGGCCCAGAAAGAAGAUCUACUUCCUUUUCUCUCUCCGGCCCUCCCCGGAAACCUCAAGAAAGCAGAGGGCACAUUUCCCCAGCAAAGGAUGAAACCAUCCAAGCCCCUCUUCUUCCAGUCUCUGCAUUAGCCAGGGAUUCCCCUUCAACUCCAAAUGAGAUGAGCUCCAGCACUCUGACCAGCCCCUUAGAGUCAUCCUGGGUCAGCAGCCAGAAUGAUUCCCCAAGCGAUGCCAGUGAGGGGCCUGAGUACUUGGCCAUCGGCAACCUGGACUCCCGAGGCCGGACCGCCAGUUGUCAGAGUCACAGCAGCAAUGCUGAGAGCAGCAGCUCCAAUUUGUUCUCCUCCAGCAGUUCCCAGAAGCCAGCUUCUGCUGCUUCUUCCGUAGUGGACCAAGAGGGAGGUGGGCAGAGCCAGCUGUCCAGUGUCCCUCGCAGGUCCAGCUUCUCAGAGGGACAGGCACUCACUGUCACCAGCGGAACAAAGAAGAGCCAUACUCGCUCCCACUCGGAUACCAACAUUGUCUCCAGAGGAGCUCCAGGAGGCCCCAGGAAUAUCACCAUUAUAGUUGAAGAUCCCAUUGCAGAAUCCUGCAAUGAUAAGUCGAAGUUGAGAGGCCCCUUGCCCUACUCUGGCCAAAGCAGUGAAGUCAGCACACCCAGCUCUCUGUACAUGGAGUAUGAGGGUGGACAGUACCUAUGCUCAGGUGAAGGCAUGUUCCGAAGACCAUCAGAAGGACAGUCCCUUAUCAGCUACCUGUCCGAGCAAGACUUUGGCAGCUGUGCAGACCUGGAAAAGGAGAAUGCCCACUUCAGUAUCUCAGAGUCCUUGAUUGCUGCCAUUGAAUUAAUGAAGUGCAACAUGAUGAGCCAGUGUCUGGAAGAGGAGGAAGAGGAGGGGGAAGACAGCGAUAGAGAGAUCCAGGAACUGAAGCAGAAGAUCCGCCUUCGCCGCCAGCAGAUCCGCACCAAGAACCUGCUCCCUGGGUACCAGGAGACCGAGCAUGGAAGCUUUCGGGUCACUUCCAGCAGCUCCCAGUUCAGCUCCCGUGAUUCCACACAGUUCUCUGACUCUGGCUCUGCUGAUGAGGUUGAUGAAUUUGAAAUCCAAGAUGGUAGCGAAGGAUCUAACCUGACUCACAUGUCAAAGAAUGGACUCUCAGUGUCAAUGGCCUCGAUGUUUUCAGAUGCUGACAUCAGAAGGAGCACAGCCUCAAACAACAAAUCCUUGAUUUCCUCCUCCCAGACCUUCUCCCACUGCUUCCUCCACUCCACGUCCGCUGAGGCAGUAGCCAUGGGGCUCCUGAAGCAGUUUGAGGGGAUGCAGCUCCCAGCCGCCUCAGAGCUAGAGUGGCUAGUUCCAGAGCAUGAUGCCCCUCAGAAGCUCCUGCCCAUCCCUGACUCACUGCCCAUCUCACCAGAUGAUGGGCAGCAUGCUGACAUCUACAAACUGCGUAUCCGUGUGCGUGGUAACCUGGAGUGGGCCCCACCCCGGCCUCAGAUAAUUUUUAAUGUUCAUCCAGCCCCAACGAGGAAAAUUGCUGUGGCCAAGCAGAAUUACCGCUGUGCAGGAUGUGGCAUCCGGACAGACCCUGAUUAUAUCAAGCGGCUGCGGUACUGUGAGUACUUGGGCAAGUACUUCUGUCAGUGCUGCCAUGAGAACGCCCAGAUGGUCAUCCCCAGCCGGGUUCUGCGCAAGUGGGACUUCAGCAAGUAUUAUGUCAGCAAUUUCUCCAAGGACCUGCUCGUUAAGAUCUGGAAUGAUCCUCUCUUCAAUGUGCAGGACAUCAACAGCGCCCUCUACAGGAAGGUCAAGCUGCUCAAUCAAGUUGGGCUGCUGCGGAUCCAGCUGUAUCACAUGAAGAACAUGUUCAAGACCUGCCGAUUGGCCAAAGACCUUCUGGAUUCCUUUGACACAGUUCCAGGCCACCUGACAGAGGAUCUCCACCUGUACUCGCUGAAUGACCUCACUGCAACCAGGAAGGGGGAGCUGGGGCUCCGGCUUGCUGAGCUCACCAGGGCGGGGGCUGCCCAUGUGGAGCGAUGCAUGCUCUGCCAAGCUAAGGGCUUCAUCUGCGAGUUCUGUCAGAACGAGGAUGACAUCAUCUUCCCUUUUGAGCUCCAUAAAUGCCGGACCUGUGAAGAGUGUAAAGCGUGUUACCAUAAAGCUUGUUUCAAAUGUGGAAGCUGUCCCCGGUGUGAGCGACUGCAGGCCCGGCGGGAGUUGCUGGCCAAGCAGAGCCUGGAGUCCUACACGUCGGACUGCGAGGAGGAGCCCACGGAAGCUUUGGCCUUGGAGGCUGCCGUCCUGGAGACCACCUGAAGAAAGCACGUCACGCCCUUUUUCUCGGGGCUAGGGUCACACAAUGCAGAGCUGAGCCGCCCUGUUAAGGAUUUUCCCCGCUUCUUUUUUUAAUUAUCAUUAUUCUCAUGUUUUAAUGACUUGUCUAAUGUCCAUAUAGAGCCAACCUUUGUUGGGUUGGUGGGGUCCAGUCUGCUGUGACAAAUCAAAUCGUAGGUACCAGGUAUUUCCAUCAGAACUGACACAUGGGUCCUUAAGCGAAGCUUGCGGUGCCUCUGCCAGGGGAAUGGACGGUGAAACUCAAUUCUCCGACAUCCGUGGCCUCCUUCACCUGGACCAGAUCCGGUUGCAGCUGCAUCUCAAGUAUCAUUUCCAGUUUCAUUUUGUUUUCGUUCUGGAGCCUCUGAGCCAGGCCUGUCUCAACCAACUCACUUCUCCUUUGCUGCUGAAACAGGAGGGUGGAGCUUUCUCCCUCCCAGUCCUGAAAUAGGGCAGACCAUGCCCCGAGGAGAAGCAGCAGAGGACAGGACACUGUGGACACUGUGUCCAGCUUACUUCGCUAUUUUUGAGGCCAUAGAAACAGCAUUCUUACUCCCCUGGACUCCACAGAGACCUCACAGAGGCAGCCAUGACUUCCUAGCUUGAAGUCUUUUAGGCGCAGGUGAUGUGACCGCUCGCUGACUUUAUCUUCCCUGAUGGGCUUGAAGCAAAGAACAGAACUAAUACUUCAGCCAGGCCCAUUUAUAGCCUUACACCAAGCAUAAAUGAGGCUGAUUAAGGGUAAUUUAUUCAGUCAGAGAAGCUGUUGGUCUCUUCUUAGGUGAUAAGGUCCCUACCUCUGGUGCAGAUCUGAUUUUUCAAGCUCAGACAAGUCCCUGAUGCCAUCCUAAACUGAGGACAGAAACCCCAUCCGCCAUCUUAUUUGGUGGGUCUCUUGCUGCUGCAUCCUCUGUUAGGUGGUCAUUGUGAUUCUGAGUAAAAGUAUGGCCCAAUUCCAUUCUCUCUUUCCCCAUCCUGUAACAGAGCUCGGACCCUCCCUGGUGGCUGGCUGAUCUCUUCUUGCCUUAGUUUUUUUUUGUCAAAGUUGGGAAAAGCUUCCUGCGAUUAGUGGUGUUAGAGAACCUGACAAUUUGUGUUUGUGAGUCUAAGUGUUCCUGGGAGAAUAAGUGUCUUUAUGUCAAUUAUGCACUUAACUCUUUAGCUUGGUGAUAGUCAUACGUUUAUUGAUCCUUUUCAUAUUACUAACUUUAACACACACACCCCUUUUUUUAAUGUGUGUUUGAUGGGAGAAGUUGCUGACGGGACCAUGUAUGUUUGUGGUUGUUCUUAAGUUGCUGAAGCUCCUGACCUGUUUCUGAAACACUGGUUAGGGUCGCUGCCCCAAGGGCUGGCAGCUCUGUGACCUAAAGCCCACAGCAUUUUUGUUCUUGGACUGACUUCUUCCCGUGUACCUGUCUUUCCAUCGCUGCUUGCUAGUCGGGGAAACUUGGCGUGUGUGCUGCCCCAGGAAGCUGAACAGAAAGUUGCACAUGGUUGGUGGAAGCUGAUAAGUGCCUGAGCUGGAGGCAACCAGGAGUCUCACAGGAAGUAGCAGGGACUGUACGGUAACAGUCAGACCUUAGGCACCACCGGGGCAAGGGGAGCAGGGAGGGAUUCGCCAGUGGCAUUGGUCCCUCUGCCCCCUUGGAAGACCCUGAGGCCGUUCUCCCUUUAAUUCGUGGAGGAGUCUCUGAAAGCAAGGCCUCCAGACCAGCCCUGUUUUGAAGGACUGACCAGCAGCCCUCUUGUCCUUCAAGGAGUUUUGGGAAUGAUCCCAUAAAACUCAAGGCUCACUACUUUGGUUGAAAUGACAAAUCCAGCUCCUCAUUCCAAGUCACUGCACUGGAGGAGAGACGUCCUCUCAUUCCUGCGCUGCCUGUUUCAUAUCAGCAUAGGAUCAAAGGAUGGAAAAUGCUGACACCGUUUCCAAAGCCGAGCUCAGCAGUCUCACCUGCUGCUGGGCUCUCACGUAUUUCCCUUCACCUCCCCACCCCGUCCCUUUAGGUUGCGUAUCUGUUUUAGUGACCCUGACAUCUGCUGUCACCACUGUCCAAAGACCCGUUUACUUAUUUAUUGGAGAGCAGGGGGAGAGAGGAAUGAGGGUGGGAUAUUUUGAAAGCACUUUGCAGCUAGCCAGUGUCUGAGAGUCCCUGCUGUUGUGGGGAGAAGCUUUGAAUGCACUGAAGAGAGUUCCUUCUGAAUGAAAUGGGAGGGAGGAGGUAUUCUUUUCUAUAAAUAAAGGGAAAACGGUUGCUUACUAGGCGGAGACAAGAUUCAGGACACAGCAGAAGAGUGGAAGGCAAAUAUUUUCCACUUAAAUGAAGCUGUACUUGACUUUCUCCGCUGAGGCUUUAGACUCUAAAGUUUAGAGCUUUUUGUUAAGUUAACAUAAAAGGAGCAAGAGUCUAAAUCGAGAUGUUCUGUGUAUACAACUCAUGUUCUGAACUGGAUUCCUAAUUGCUGUAAUUCACACAUACCUAACAGCUCAUUGUCCUCUUCAAUAAACUAAGGAAAUGAAA